GUGAGACUCAGUGCUAUUCUGAAUAAACCUUGUUUGUGAAGACAACUCAUAAGAAUAGAUAUGGCAUUUAUCCAGCUGAUCCUGUUCUGGACAUUCCUUGGUAUACAGGCAUCCCCAGGAUGCUACCCUCCUUGUGUCGUAAAAACAACGACGGACUUAACCAACAAGAGAGUCACUGAGGGCGUGAUCUGGUCAGAAGAAGGGGUGGACACCCGACUGUCCUGUGUGGCCAGGUGUAUGCAGGAUGGUCAGUGUAUGACGACAGGGUACUCCCCGGGCACUGGACAGUGUCGCGGCUACAACGUGGACUUCACGACUCCGGACAACGUCACAGCAGUUGACGAGCCAGGAUUCAACAUGUUCGUGGUAUGCAGAGAUGAUUUCAUCGGCAAGGCUUGCGCUACCCCAAGCCACUGCUUGGGUGCACACUCUAUCUGUGAGUCUGGACAGUGUCUGUGUGAGAUCGGCUACAGUCACUCCAGACACAGGGGGUACGAUACGUGUGAUACAGAUUGCACUGAAUACGGUUCUACCUUCGGCUCUUAUAAUAGUCGGGGGAUAUACAGAAAGAACAACAAAACUAUCUUUGGGAUCUCCGUGGAUCAAUGUCGAGAUACCUGUAUCAGCGAGACGGAUUACCUGUGCAAGAGUUUUGAAUACCAGAUGUCCUCACUAAAAUGCAACACCAUGUCUUACUCUUGGUUGCAAACCGAUGUGGCAGAUCACAAUGCCGUUGUUAAACUUGCUGCAUCAAGCUGUUACCCUCCUUGUGACGUGAAGACGUUUGCCAACAAGCGAGUCACCGAGGGCCUCGUCUGGUCAGAAGAAGGGGUGGACACCCGACUGUCCUGUGUAACCAAAUGCAUGCAGGAUGGUCAGUGUAUGGCGGCAGGGUACUCCCCGGACACUGGUCAGUGUCGCGGCCACAACGUGGACGUCACGUCUUCGGACAACGUUACAGCUGUCGACGAGCCAGGUUCCAACAUGUACUUCAUGUGCAGAGCACUGGAAUUCGUUGGCAAGACAUGUAACAGAUCCAGCGACUGUUUGGGUGCCAGGUCUGUCUGUGAGUCUGGACAGUGUCUGUGUGAGAUCGGCUACAGUCACUCCAGACACAAGGGGUACGAUACAUGUGACACAGCUUGCACGGAAUACGGAACGACCUUCACCCCAUACAGUGGACAUGCGAUACUUCGUUCGAAUACAAAAACUGUUGUCGGUAUUUCCGUGGCUUCCUGCAAACAUCUCUGUCUCAAUGAGACCACAUUUCUGUGCAGAAGUUUAGAGUACGAUCAUGCCAUCCAGAAAUGCAACACGAUGUCAUUUUCUUGGCUCGACAAGAGCACUGAUGUCCACCGUGUCCUUGCAGGUUGGACUUUCUUCACCCGGAACUGUAACCUAUGAACUUAAGCCAUCGGUGGAUCCAUUAUUGUUCCCAGAUCGUGUGUUGCCAAACUGAAAGGAAUACAAUGAUAUUCUGUCUCUUUCGAAGUUCAGUAAUGACUAUACUCAUCUUACGACCAUGAAACUGCAUACGAAGUUCAACUUUCUAAGCCUUGGGGUUCUUGAAAAUAAAAUGUUCGAGCUUUUGG